AUGGUUUAUAACUGUAAAAUAGAAUCUUAGGAAACAAAAGAAAGACUAGAUUUGCAUAUUAUUGUUGAACCAAAUAAUGAUUUAGCAUAACUUUAGCUAUUGAUAAAAAAAUUUCGACAAAGGAAUUUGCUGAGUAUGGAAUAAUAUUUAAUAGAGAUUAAAUUUAUUUUCCAUUUUGAAUUCUUUUUAAAGUAAUCCUUCAAUAUAAAAACAUGA